AUGGGAAACCAGACAUCAGUGAUAGAGUUCAUUCUUCUCGGUUUGACAAAUGACGUCAAGCUCCAACCUGUGAUAUUUCUUUUUCUGCUACUAACUUAUAUCUUGAGUAUCAUGGGAAAUUUGACAAUCAUCAUUUUGACUUUGCUGGAUUAUCGUCUCCAGACACCGAUGUAUUUCUUUCUCCGGAAUUUUUCUGUUUUGGAAAUAUCAUUUACCUCUGUCUUUGUCCCCAAAAUGCUGAUAAAUAUUGGAACUGGUGACAAGACUAUCUCGUUUGCUGGUUGUUUUACUCAGUAUUUUUUUGCUAUCCUUCUGGGAGCGACUGAAUUUUACCUCUUAGCUGCCAUGUCUUAUGACCGCUAUGUUGCAAUUUGUAAACCCCUACAUUACACUACUAUCAUGAGCAAACGACUCUGCAUUCAACUUGUCUUAUGUUCCUGGUUCUCUGGGUUUUUAGUUGUCAUUGUGCCACACAUAAUGACUCUCCAUUUACCUUUCUGUGCAUCCAACAUUAUUAAUCACUAUUGUUGUGACUACACAAUAUUGUUGCAUUUAGCUUGUGCAGACACUCAUUUAAUAGAAGUGAUAGAGUUUGUUGUUGCUGUUAUUACUCUUAUCUUCACGUUGAUGUUAGUAAUUCUUUCCUAUACCUACAUUAUCAUGACCAUUUUGAGAAUCCCCUCGACACAACAAAGAAAAAAGGCAUUUUCGACGUGUUCUUCUCACAUGGUUGUGGUCUCACUUUCUUAUGGAAGCUGCAUUUUCAUGUAUAUAAAUCCCUCUGUUAAGGAUGCAGCAACUUUUAAUAAGGGAGUGGCUGUUUUAAAUACCUCAGUUGCCCCUUUAUUGAAUCCCUUCAUCUAUACUCUAAGGAACAAGCAAGUAAAAACGGCCUUCAAAGACAUGUUAAGUAAGAUGCCAAUUUUUUCAAGAAAGUGA